AUGGGGACCAAUCCAAGACCAAUCCAAGACGCGUCAGGCGCGUUUAAAUACCCUUCGAGUUCAACGAACAAUCCUCAGGUCUUCCUCGGACUUCCUUCCCCACCUCUCCCCCUCGUCGCCUGUUCCUCUCCCACAUACCUCUCUCAACCCGUUUUCUUUGUUACGAUGGCCAAGUUCACGAUUACGAAGCUCUUUGUUGCCUUAUUGGCUGUCUCCUCUCCCCUCUCGACCUUUGCGGCGACGAUCCCUAGCAUCCCCACGCUCUCUGUUGACAAGCUUCUCGAGGUUCGUCAACACGGCGGCGGCGGUGGACACGGUGGUGGACAUGGUGGACCAGGCCACGGUGGCCCUGGACAUGGUGGACCUGGCCAUGGCGGACCCGGUGGUGGACAUCACGGACACGACCACCAACCCCACGACCCUCACGACCCCGUCCUGGCUUCUGCUGUCGACAAGGACUGUCUCGAAGGCACCGAAUAUGAGGGUAUCGCCAAGGGUUGGAACGUGACCAUUGCCGGCGUCCACACCUACUACGUCAGGCCCUCCGGUCCCCCGAAGCCCGGUCCCCGCAAGGUCCUGCUCUUCUACUCGGACGUGUACAGCGCGUUCUUCCCCAACAACUUUAUCCUCCAGGAUUGGUACGCUGAUCAGGGUUACCAUGUUCUCGGUCUCGACUACUUCUUCGGCGACCCAGCUCAGAACCAGAACCUCACCACGCCUCAGGAGAUUGAGGAUUGGGUCUACUGGGCCAAGGACCGUGCUGACCCAUACGUGCCUGCCUGGAACGCCGCCGUUCGAGCCAUCUUCCCCUCCAACACCAAAUUCGUCGCCGUCGGCUACUGCUUCGGUGCACCCUACGCCCUCGAAGCCGCCGCCGCGCCCGACAUCUUGGCUUCCGCUUUUGCCCAACCCGCCAUGUUGACCGAGGGGCACUUCUACAACGUCACCCAACCCCUCUUCGCCUCCUGCGCCGAAACCGACAUGACCUUCCCCACCAGCUCCCGCAACCGCAUGAUGGAAAUCCUCUCCGAGAUCAACGCCAUGCACCACUUGCAAGUCUUCUCUGGUACCGAGCACGGCUUCGCCACUCGUGCUGACCUUGAGGACGAGAAUGCUGCCUGGGCCAAGAACACCUCCGCCAAGAGCAUCGCCGGCUGGUUCAACCGCUUCACUUCGUAA